GGCAGCCCGGGCCUCUCGGGGGCGGCGGGCCCGAGCGCCGCCAAGUCUCGCGCCGUCUCGCGAGAGCCGAGUCGAAGGAACAUGGCGACGUCUAAUCUGUUAAAGAAUAAAGGUUCCCUUCAGUUUGAAGACAAAUGGGAUUUCAUGCGUCCAAUUGUUUUGAAGCUUUUACGCCAGGAAUCCGUUACAAAACAGCAGUGGUUUGAUCUAUUUUCGGAUGUUCAUGCUGUCUGUCUCUGGGAUGAUAAAGGCCCAGCAAAAAUUCAUCAAGCUUUAAAAGAAGAUAUUCUUGAGUUCAUUAAGCAAGCACAGGCACGAGUACUGAGCCAUCAAGAUGAUACAGCUUUGCUAAAAGCAUAUAUUGUUGAGUGGCGAAAAUUCUUUACGCAGUGUGACAUUUUACCGAAGCCUUUUUGUCAACUAGAGAUUACUUUAAUGGGUAAACAGGGCAGUAACAAAAAGUCAAAUGUAGAAGACAGUAUUGUUCGAAAGCUCAUGCUUGAUACAUGGAAUGAGUCGAUCUUCUCAAAUAUUAAAAACAGACUCCAAGAUAGCGCAAUGAAGCUAGUACAUGCUGAGAGAUUGGGAGAAGCUUUUGAUUCUCAGUUGGUCAUUGGAGUGAGAGAGUCCUAUGUUAACCUUUGUUCUAAUCCUGAGGAUAAGCUUCAGAUUUAUCGGGACAAUUUUGAGAAGGCGUACUUGGAUUCAACAGAGAGAUUUUAUAGAACGCAGGCACCUUCUUACUUACAGCAGAAUGGUGUGCAGAAUUACAUGAAAUAUGCAGAUGCUAAACUAAAAGAAGAAGAAAAACGAGCACUCCGUUAUUUAGAAACGAGAAGAGAAUGUAACUCUGUGGAAGCGCUCAUGGAAUGCUGUGUUAAUGCCUUGGUGACAUCCUUUAAAGAAACUAUCUUAGCAGAAUGCCAAGGCAUGAUCAAGCGAAAUGAAACUGAAAAAUUACAUCUGAUGUUUUCGUUGAUGGAUAAAGUCCCUAAUGGGAUAGAGCCAAUGCUGAAGGACCUGGAGGAGCACAUCAUUAGUGCAGGCCUGGCGGAUAUGGUAGCAGCUGCUGAAACUAUUACUACUGACUCAGAGAAAUACGUUGAACAGUUACUUACACUAUUUAAUAGAUUUAGUAAACUCGUCAAAGAAGCUUUUCAAGAUGAUCCUCGAUUUCUCACUGCAAGAGAUAAGGCAUAUAAAGCAGUUGUUAAUGAUGCUACUAUAUUUAAACUUGAAUUACCUUUGAAGCAAAAAGGGGUAGGAUUAAAAACUCAGCCAGAAUCAAAAUGCCCCGAGCUUCUCGCCAAUUACUGUGAUAUGUUGCUAAGAAAAACACCAUUAAGCAAAAAACUAACUUCUGAAGAGAUUGAAGCAAAGCUAAAGGAAGUGCUCUUGGUACUUAAAUAUGUACAAAACAAAGAUGUUUUCAUGCGAUAUCACAAAGCUCAUUUGACACGACGUCUUAUAUUAGACAUCUCUGCCGAUAGUGAAAUUGAAGAGAAUAUGGUAGAAUGGCUCCGAGAGGUUGGGAUGCCUGCAGAUUAUGUGAACAAGCUCGCUAGAAUGUUUCAGGACAUAAAAGUGUCUGAAGAUUUGAAUCAAGCAUUUAAGGAAAUGCACAAAAAUAAUAAAUUGGCCUUACCAGCUGAUUCAGUUAAUAUAAAAAUUCUGAAUGCUGGUGCCUGGUCAAGAAGCUCUGAGAAGGUCUUCGUCUCACUUCCUACUGAACUGGAGGAUUUGAUACCUGAAGUAGAAGAAUUUUACAAAAAAAAUCAUAGUGGUAGAAAAUUACAUUGGCAUCAUCUUAUGUCAAAUGGAAUUAUAACAUUUAAGAAUGAAGUAGGUCAGUAUGAUUUGGAAGUAACGACGUUUCAGCUGGCUGUGUUGUUUGCAUGGAACCAAAGACCCAGAGAGAAGAUCAGCUUUGAAAAUUUGAAACUUGCAACGGAGCUCCCUGAUGCGGAGCUUAGGAGGACGCUAUGGUCUUUAGUGGCUUUCCCGAAGCUCAAACGGCAAGUUUUGUUGUAUGAACCUCAAGUCAAUUCACCCAAAGACUUCGCAGAAGGUACCCUCUUCUCAGUGAACCAGGAGUUCAGUUUGAUAAAAAAUGCAAAAGUUCAGAAAAGGGGUAAAAUCAACUUGAUUGGACGCUUGCAGCUUACAACGGAAAGAAUGAGAGAAGAAGAAAAUGAAGGAAUAGUCCAGCUAAGGAUACUCAGAACCCAGGAAGCCAUUAUACAAAUAAUGAAGAUGAGAAAGAAAAUCAGUAAUGCUCAGCUUCAGACUGAACUAGUAGAAAUUUUGAAAAACAUGUUCUUGCCACAGAAGAAAAUGAUCAAAGAGCAAAUAGAAUGGCUAAUAGAGCACAAGUACAUCCGAAGGGACGAGUCGGAUAUCAACACUUUCAUUUACAUGGCGUAACUUUGAAUAUCACGGACAAUACUCAGAACCAGAUUGUAGAGUGCUUGGGCAGUGAGUUGUACCAGUCUGUGCUGGAGGAAGGUUCAUUUGGACUUUGAUUACAUAAAUAUUCGAAUCUCUGCCUUACCUGACAAAGCAAUGGUCUUUUGCCACCCCAUUAGUCGGCAUGCUGGCGCUCCCUUCAUGUUGCACUCUUUCACAGCAUGCUGUUUUGUGGAGAAACUUGCGUUCAUGAAGAGCCCAUUAGGAACUUUGAAAAGUCGGUUUGAUUUACACCCGCUAGAAGAAAGCCGGUUGGGAAGGUUGAGAGCGGGCAGAAUUCUAGAUGCGUUCGUUCUCUCUCUCUGUCUCUCCCCCCAACCCCACACGGAAAUGUACUUGCACAUGGACGGAUCUUCGGAUGUUUGUGCACUGAAAAAUGCUGUUAUGGUUUUUUUAAAUGCAAUUAAAGCUAGAUGUAGCACUGUUGGUUUCUUUUGAUCAAAAGAGUGGGCUUCUCUGCACAGCUCGGGGGAGGGCAGGCGUAGCGAGGACUGACAGGUGGAGGGUUCCUGCUCUGCCGUGUAAUAAUCUGGAUUUGAUGGGGACUUCGGAAUGGUAGAACAUUUUUCCAGCUACGAACAUUGGCUUUCUUCAAGCAGGAGACUGCUGUUUUGAUUGGUUGUUUUAUGAUAAAGAUUUUUUUUAUGUCUUACAUGGCUAGAGAAUUUGUUUUGAAAAAAUGAAGCUUCUAUUGUGGUUUCAGUUGUUGAAAAAUAAGGUAAGGAAAUAUAGGUCAUGCGAUCACAGGGGCGUAAUUGGAAAACCAGUAUAUGAAGUGUGUUUAUUUACAUACUUUAUAGACCUAAUAUUUAUCAUACCAUGUACAUUUAUUAAAGACAUGGCAGAUGUCCCCUGCUCUGAUACGAGGCAAUUGUACACGUGAUCUCUUAAUUUGCAGCAUAAAAAUAUUUUGAUAUUUUAAAGUUUCAUUAUUAGGGAUUUAUCACCUGAGGUUUCUAAAAGGGAAGACAUUCUGUUUUAAACGUGAAGUAACAAGCAUUAGCCACCCAAGAGGAAGACAGAAAUCCAACAGCGCAAGACAUGAGUAACAGCUAGGGACAUGCACAGCGGUAAAACACUUCCUUGCCUUGCAUGUGUGAGGUCUGGGUUCGAUUCCCAGCACCUCCCAGAAAUUAAGGAGGGAGCAAAGACCGGAGGAACGGAAGCAAAAUGGUUGCAUUCUUGAGAUGAGCAGUAAACUUGCCAAAUAUAUGUACAUAUAUAUUUAUAUAUUUUAGAAAUUAACAUUUUUAAAAGGUGUAGAAGGCAACAUUUGUUCCUUUCAGUCAAUCCAAAGUAGCAACUUAUUUGUUGCUGACAACUGAAGGCCCAGAAUAGUGGAGAUUUUAGGAUUUAAGAACCUGACUUAGAAAAACGUAUUCCCCAUUGGGAAAGACUGGCUCAGUGUGGAUCGGUAUUCAUUAUGGUGCAUGUUUCAAAUUUUCUUGCAAAUUAUUUUGUAUCUUGUUUGAUAUUAAGUGAUAUUUUCAGUGUAUGAUUUCAAAGGUGGUAGGAAGUAAGAGCUGGAGUCUGACCACGCACAGUCUUACUAGCUGCGUGCUUCUGAAAGUGUUCCACGGAGCCUGCCCCACCCCAAGAGGUGAGCUGCCUGCUGAAAGGAGAGCAGAUUGAAAACGUUUUAGAUUGUGCUAGUUAGGGCCGGAGAGACAGUACAGCAGGGAGGGCACUUGCCUUGUACACGGCCAAUUUCAGCUCAGUCUCCAGCAUCCCAUAUGAUCCCCGUGAAUGAUCCCUCCAUGCAGAGGGAGUUACCCAGGAGUGGCCCCUGAGCACAAUCCAGGAGUUACCCCUGAGCACUGCCAGGUGUGGCCCCCAGACAAAUACAGACAAAAAGAUUGCACCAGUUCUGCUCAAAUAAAUGCCUGUUCUGAAACUCGUAGGUAAUUGAGAUUUUGUUUCUGACUUACAUCUUAGACAUGAGCUCUAAGUAUAUGGUGAUAUUAGACCGAGCAUAUUGUGAAGUAUUAAACUACAAGUAGUGCUGUACUCUUAAUUAGAUGACUGCUCACGAGAUAGAUUUGAAAUUGAGAAAGUAAAUUCUGUAAUAAUUAUGGCCCUUAUGGUUAGCAGUUUGGUAUUGGUAUAUUUGCUUACGGAAUGCAACAAUGCCAAAGGAAGAAACCAUAGCAGGAAAAAUAUAGGCCAUUUUUUAAAGUUUAGAUUACUUGCUUUAAACUGUACUUGCAGUUUUUUGCAAUUUCUAAUCUUUUUCAUCCUUUAAUUUAAGAAUGAGAGCCAUGAUGUUUUGAUUUAUAAAGGCAAAUUUAAUGCACGUGGGUAACUAAAUCCAUAGCAAAGUUUUCUAUUAAAUUUUAUAAAAUUUUUAAUAGCUAAUUAUGUCCUUACUCUAUUUUGGAGAAUUGAACAACAGCAAAUACUGUAGACUUACUUAACGGUUUACUUCGUCAUUUAUGUUACGAAUAUAAGACCUAUUCAUUGGUGUUUCUGAAAACCAUUUAGUUGUUAAGGUGCCUCUACCAUUGACUUUUCUUUAAACCUCUUUUGACAUUAGAUUUGCAAAUUUUAAAAGGAAUCUGAAAAGCAGAUUUACCAGCAGUUUGCUAAGGUACAGGAUCAGUGUUCUUUUGUAGGUUCCUUUUCUCAUAAAACAAGUGCUGAACAGGGAUGAAAUCUGACAUACUUAAGAGGAAAAGAAUCUAGGCUAAAAAAUAGAGAUGCAUAUUUUUCAUACGUAUUAUGGCAAUAAAGGUUAAUUUAAGGUUAAGUCCGAGGUUAAUUUCAAUCUCAAAUAGUCACCUUCUACCUUAAAGAUGGAACCUUCUGGAAAACAUCAACCUUUGUACCAUCCUCACUGCCAGAGUAAGUACACACAUCCACACAACUUAGAAGGUAAAAGUAACAAGUUCGAAUGUUGUCACAAUGAGACCAAUAGUAGAACAUUCACUGUUCAGUGAUUUAAUGAAGAUCUUGAAGUGAAUUCUGAAGUCUUCCAAUUUUUACACUUAUUGGAGGUGUCCCUGCAAUCUGUCAGCCUGUUUAAGUUUCUUAUUUUGUGCCUCAGUGUUCACGAAUUUCCAAAAAUGUAACGCUAGCUUUCUUAUUUUUACUCUUUAUUAAAUUUAAUACAAGAUGUGACUGGAGUAGUUGAAAAGUUUUUUUUGCAUUAUUUGCAGUAGGGAGGGGGUCAUUCACCCUCUGCAAAGGGCAGAUUUUGAAAAUUCAAUUUGGGUGAAAGAUUUGCUAGUUUUUGAGAAAGAUUUGCUAUCUUAAACUCAACCUGGUUUUUCUACUUUCAUGUAAAUGACUGGGAUGCUACCUUAUAAACUCUUCCAAGGUCAUGUUUGUGAAAUAAACAUUACAUGAGAGCUUUCCUGUCAUCCAUACCAUAUGUGUCGUCCGGGAGUGUUGAACAAAUUGAGUUCCUAAAUCGUAAUCUCUUCGUCUGGUAUAGACAAUUUUGAAUGUGUGCUACUACAUACUGAGAUGAUGAUGCUGUGUACAAUUUUAAUGGUAGCAGUUUCUGUAUGCAGUAGGCUGAACUAUUUUGAUGAACUGCUUAAUUUUUUGGAUUUUAUUUUUUAAGUUGUAUAAUUUAUUUUCUUGCAAAAUAAAAAUGUGAUAUAAAAGCUUUCACUUAUUCAGAAAGUGUUGAUGUUCUAGUUCCUGGGUUUAAUUAAAAUUUUUGUAAUAGA